AUGUCCUUCAAGAUACCUAUCUCCCCAACCAUCAUCACGCCCCUCAGCACCCGCCCCAGGGAUGCCCCAGCCCACAGUCGGCGACCCUAUGACAUCUGCAGCUCUUGCCCCGGAGAACACGCGCAGCAGCGCCCAGAGGCGCCGGGCCGGGCCAGGCCGGGCCGGGCGAGCAGCCCCCGAAGGGCCGACCCACCCGGCCUGCGCGAUGCCGUUGCCGCCCUCGCACCGCCUGCAGACCCUCCCGGCCAGCUUCGCCCGCCCUGGCCGGCAGCGGCUCCCGGGGCUCCUCCGCCUCCCUCCGCGCUGGGGAUGCUGCCGGGAGCGAGCCGGGCCCUCCGCCUGCCCCACCGCCCGCCCGCCCGCCCGCCCCUGGCUCCCCUCGGGCCCGCCGCCCAGCCUCGCCCCUCGCCCCGCCCGGGCUCUCAAGGGGGGGCCGGCCCAGGCCGAGGCGGCAGCCCCGCGCAGCCUCCCCCGCAUCCCUCGGCCGCCCCGCCGAACCACGGGAGCCUCUCGCGCUCCCCUCCUCCGCGGCCACCGACCUCCUCCUCCGCCGCCUCCGUCCCCUCGUCGCGGCUCGCUCCGCUCCCCGAGACGCGCGGCCGGCGGCGGGGGGCGCUUGAAUGGGCGGCUGGCUCGGGGCCGGCCGGUGCGCCGCUUUCCCUCUCAGGCUCCGGGACUACAACUCCCAGCAGGCGCUCGGCGGAGAGCCACUUCCGGUACCUGGAGGGAGCCGGAGCGGGCGAAAGCGGAGGGGGCGGGGCUUCCUGCCUCCUCUCCAAGGCAACGGGGUCACACCGAGGGACGGCGGAAGGGGGGGCGGUGUCUCGGGGCCCCUCCCUCGGCUCUCCGGCAGCCCGGCAGGCGGCGCUUCGGCCGGUGCGGCUUUGCCCGGGCGGGACGGGGAGGCGUGGCCUGUCGGGCGUUCUGAAGCUCCGUCCGCGCGCCGCCGCGCAGCUCCCACCGGUGAAGCUGGCUGGCUGGCGCGGCGAUGGAGGCAGGCCCUGCUGGCGCCUCGGGGGCAGACGCGAAGCCGGCCCCGGAGCCAGCGAGCGAGCGAGGGCCACGCAGACGGCUGUACAGUGCUGGGAUUAUUUCAGCCUUCAAAAAUUGAUGGGUCAGAAUAUAGUGGAGCAGAAAGGAGAGUCAUGUGAAGGGUGGGGCGUGCGCAGGCGCAAUCCGCAAGCGCCGUUGGCUGCCCCCUGCCGGGCGAAGCGACCGUCUUCGGGCGCGUCCGGAGGAAGCGAGGGCCGGCCCGCUUUCCCGCCUCGCUUGCGCAUGCGCGCCCCGAGGCCGAGGGGGCCUGUGUGUCAGGCGCGCGCCCGCGCUCGCUCCCGAGCGAGCCCGCAUUGUCCCGGCCGGAGCCCAUGGAGAGCCCGGGCCCGCCCUGAGGCGGCGGCGGCGACCGCGGCCGGGCCCGCCAUGGCGGCGCCUGAGGCGGGGCGGCGCCAGGCGGGGGCGCGGGCCCGGCAGGCCGCGCUGUGGGGCCGGGCGCGGAGCCUGUGCCGCCGGCUGCGGGCGCUGCAGGCCCGCCAAGUGGAGCGCCACGUCCGGCAGCAGCUGGCCGGGCUGGCGCGCGGCGCGGGGCGGCCGCCCGGGUCCCCCUCUGCCGCCGCCGCCGCCGCCGCGCUGGGCUCGGAGCUGAGGCAGCUGGCCGCCAGCGCCACCGCCCGCCUGCGCGCCGCCCAGCGCGCCUGCGACUCGGACGCCACCGACAGCGCCUCCGCCUCCGCCUGCUCCUCGGCCCGCUCCUCGUCCUCGUCCUCCUCCUCGGACAGCGAGGGCCCCGAGGCGGCAGCGCCGCCGCCGCCGCCGCCGCGCCCAGCCGCCCUGGGGCGCCAUCUUGCAGAACGCCAGUGGGCAAUGGAAAGAGCAGCCAUUAUCUGUCGGUGGACAUGGCUGCAGGCUCAAGUUUCUGACUUAGAGUAUCGCAUAAGGCAGCAGACUGAAGUUUACAAGCAGCUCCGUGCCGGCAAGGGCCCAGUUGUCUUGGGUGAUCUCCAGCAGGAAGAUGUGAGGAAGCAGCCAAAUAGAUUAGGCUCUGCAGCAGUGGCGAGCCCCAGGAGGAAUAAAGUGAUGUCUCCUUCCUCCAACAUGAUGGUGCCUACUGGAGACAAGCAGUGCGAUUUGUCUCCUUGUAUCCCUUCCUACCUCCUGCAGAACACAGAGAAGCAGAAUGCUCGCCUUACACAGUCUUUAAGAAAUCUUGUGUGUCAAAGUCCCUCCUGCGCACCCAUCAAUGGGGGGUCUCCAGAGCCCCCCAAAGCCUGCACAUCACCCCAUCAAGUCAACGGAAUAAGCAACUGUUUCAACACUUGCUCCACCAAGUCUUCCUCCCAGGACGGUGCAGGUGCUGGCAGGAUUCUCAAGAAACCAAAGCAGCUGAGCAGCAGCCUGCCCGCUGCACCUUCCCCCCCUGACAGCAGCUGUGUCGCCGCUAGAAUCCGUCCAGUGUGCAGAUACAGGAAACGCAGGCUGGUGAGAGUCAACACAGUCUGUCACCUUUCCAGAAAGCCACAGAAGCCUCUUACCAAAAAAUGCAGCUGCGAACACCCCAGUUCCUGCAUCUUGUGCAAUUGUAAGGCCUCCAUUCAGACCCUAGACCCAGAAACCAUGUCAUUGGCGGAGCGGAUCGCACUGCUGGAUUCUGGCUUCCAUCCCAUACUCUCGUUUCCUCAUGGCAGCCCUCUCCAUCUACACUUUGAAGCCUUGUUGCGGGAGGACCACAGGCUAAGCCAUAAGCUCCGGACUUUGAGAAUGUCUCACUGGGGGAUUAAAGACUUCACAAGCAAUUGCUCAUCUUCUCUGUCUGCAUCUGGUUCUCUGCUCAAAGGGUGGACCAAUCACAGCUUGCUGGUUCCCAGCUCUCAGGCUCACAAACCCAGCCACUUACAUCACAUGUCCUCUCUGUGCCUAGAACAUACUUCUGCCCCACACUUCAGCCAAGUCCCUGGCAAUUCCAUGGCUGCUGGCAACUCAACAUUGCAGCCUGCAAAGAAGAAAAAAGUAGAAUCUUCUUAUGACAUCAAUAAUAUAGUGAUACCAGUAUCAAUGGCUGCAGCCACACGAGUAGAGAAGCUGCAAUAUAAACAGAUUCUGACACCAAGCUGGAGGUUGGUGGAUCCCAAAGAACUGGAGGCAUCAAGAGAAGCGUGCACAGAGCUAGAAGACACUUCUGACGAGGCAUAUCUGAACCAUCAUCAAAUGUUCGAAGAGCUGGAACGGACCCGCUGGGAUUCCUGGGCAGGAACCACUUCCCAACGACGAGGAAACAGGGGCUCCAACAAAGCAGGUGGCCGAUGCGUACCUCAGCCAGGCUCUGUGGACACCCUGUCUCAUCACCAUAACAGUCUCUCUCCCACGGGAUCUUCCAGCCCAGAGCCUUUUAAUAUUCUGCAGCCCCUUCUCAUCGGCAGGAGCAGAGGAGGCCCAUCGUUGGGUGAAGACACAAGUUUCUCCCUCCCAGAAAUAGAGGAUGACAUCCAGAGUGUCCAGCCGUGGGAACUCCGCACUUUCCCCCUUUCUGACGCAGAGUGUCGAGCGCUUCAGGAGCCACCACAGGAAGCUUUAGGGAAGCAAGCAAGUGCCGUCCAGCAGUGGGGCUCUGGCCGCCACCCGCACUUGAGGACUAACAAUAUAAGUUCUGGCAUGUCUCAUCCCAGGGAGUCACUUGAGUCCACAGGGCAGGUGCAGUCCAACAACAGCAAGGAUCUGGAGGAUUUUGCAAGCCAGCACGGUGUCGCCCCAAGGCUUAUCAACAACAGAUGAGCUUUUGGGCCCUGUUAGAGUUGCACCCAUACUGUAGAGAUUGGUAUUGCAGAGCUUGGCAGGUGAGCUGACCUAGCAGAGCAAUGGCAGCAGAAGGAGCUGCUGCGCACACAGCAGAGGUCCAGCUGUGAACUUGGAGCUCUGGCUCCCCCCAGAUCAGUGAGGGCUGGACAGGCCGCAGAGGCUCUGUCGUGGGGGGGAGGGAGCCACCCAGAAAGGCUCGCUUGCAGGUUUAUUCUGGAUGGAAGAACUCUCGCGCCUUACUGGCAAAGAAGGUUAGGUGCUGCUGCUACAGGUGCAGCAGCCCAAGGAAACCCCAAAAGGGAGCAGCCAAGCGGUCGAAUGAGGCCCCAGAGAAUGAAGGCCAAGCAGCAGAGGCGCAGUAGAGCUGUUGAAACGUAGAGGUCUGUCACUCAGAGGAUGCUUCGUGGACAAGGUGCCAGUCAGCUGAACGCCUCGUCCCCAUGGGCUUUUAUUCCAGUUUGAGAAUGGGCAUUGGGAACUGGCAGUGAAAAGUCAUCCACACCGGUCACCGCCCCCCUCCCCUCUCCACAAGGCAGGUCUUAGUCAAGGGGUCCUUGCUGUGCAUGAGCAUCUGAGUCAGUGCUGGAGGGGGAGGGGGACGUUCCCUCUUCAAGGUUCAGACGGUUUUUAGUUCUGAAACGUCAUUUGAAAAUGAUCAGUCCUCUAACCAUGAAUCGUGUUAUCUUGGCCUUAAAGAAAUGCGAUGUUGCUGAUAUAUGAUAAAUCAUGAUGUAAAUCCUGUUCAUUGUAUGGAUAUUUUCAUUUAUCUCCCAAUACAUGUAAUAAAACUGGCAGGACGGCUGGUGCAUUCGCUCUA